AAAGUCGCAACUAACAGUCGGAACCUGAUGUCACCCUGUACCCUCCCAUGCUCAUACGUGGAUAAGAUAGCGCGUACGUCUAUAUGGACUAGGCUUAUAUUUACGCGUGCCCGCGACGUAAGAAAAGUCGUGUCUUCACCUUUUCCUUCGGAGGCGGAAUGAUGAUGGCCGCCCGAGGCUCUCUUUUGUUGGUCUUCUCGUCACUCGUUCAGAACGGUGUAUUUGGCCAGAAUACCACUGAUAAUUUACAAUAUGUGGAUCAGCUAAUUGGGAGUGCUAAUGGAGGAAACGUCUUCCCCGGCGCAACAUUGCCUUAUGGCAUGGCGAAAGCUGUAGCGGACGUCGACUCGCCCAGUAAUCAGGGCGGCUUCACGACCGAAGGCGGCAACAUCACAGGGUUCAGCACCAUGCACGACAGUGGCACUGGCGGCAGUCCCUCACUAGGAAACUUUGCUUUCUUCCCAUACGCCUCAUGCCCUGGCGACGACCUCAACCGCUGCACCUACCCCAAGAAAGCCCGGAAGAUACCCUACGUGCCGGAUUCCAUCAAAGCCACACCCGGAUACUUCGGCAUCACGCUAUCCAGCGGCGUGGCAGCAGAAAUGACCACAGCGCAACACACAUCACUCUUCCGCUUCAAGUUCCCUUCCACCUCCAACGGAACCAGUCCGCUUCUCCUCCUUGACCUCACUGAUCUCGCCGAUUCGCGUCAGGACAACGCUUCCAUGUCCGUCGACGCCGACACAGGUCGCAUGACGGGAAACGCACGCUUCCUACCAAGUUUCGGCUCUGGCAACUGGGUCGGCUACUUCUGUGCAGAUUUCGGCGGCGCUGAUAUCCGCGACAAUGGGAUCUUCGUCAAUUCUCGCGCAAGCGCAGAUGUCAAGGAUCUCAAGAUCACGCGCUCUAUUAACAACUACCCCCUCCCAGGAGGCGGAUUCAUCCGCUUUACUUCCAACCCGACCGACGGCAUCCUCGCACGCAUCGGUGUCAGCCUGAUAAGCAGCGAGCAAGCCUGCGCCAGCGCCGAAUCCGAGAUCCCCUCCUUCGACUUCAGCGCUACGCACGACCUCGCGGAGUCCGCAUGGCGCGAAAAGCUAUCGCCAAUCAGCGUCUCCACCACCGGCGUCAACAGCUCGCUGCUCACAAACUUCUUCUCGGGCAUCUACCGCACCAUGGUGAACCCGCAAAACUACACGGGUGAGAACCCUCUCUGGUCCAGCUCAGAACUUUACUUCGACUCCUUCUACUGCCUCUGGGAUAGUUUCCGCAGCCAGCUCCCCUUCCUCACGAUCCUGGACCCAGCAAGCGUCACGCAAAUGGUAAGAUCUCUGAUCGACACGUACGAGCACGAGGGCUGGCUGCCAGACUGCCGCAUGAGUCUGUGCAAGGGCUACACGCAAGGCGGCUCCAACGCCGACGUCGUACUCGCAGACGCUUACAUCAAGGGCCUCAGCGCGGGGAUCGACUGGGACAAGGGCUACGAAGCCGUCGUGAAAGACGCAGAAGUAGAGCCCUACUCCUGGUCCAACGAAGGCCGGGGCGGCCUCGAUAGCUGGAAAUCACUCGGCUACAUUCCCACGCAGGACUUCGACUACAAGGGCUUUGGGACCAUGACGCGCAGCGUGUCUCGCUCGUUGGAGUACGCGUAUAACGAUUUCUGCAUUGCGCAGAUGGCUGCGAAUCUCGGUUCGUCCACUGAUGUGGAGAAGUACACAGAGCGCAGCGCGAACUGGAAGAAUCUCUACUACGCGGAGCAAAAGAGUUAUCUGUUCAACGGGCAAGACACGGGGUUUACGGGCUUCUUCCAGGGCAAGUAUAUGAAUGGCACGUGGCAUAGCCAGGAUCCGUUGUGGUGCAGCACGAUUGAUCCGGAUCCGAAUCGGGUUUGUAGUCUGCAAAACACAGGGCAAGAAACUUUCGAGAGUAGUUUGUGGGAGUACGGGUUCUACGUCCCCGGCGACCAAGCCGGACUAAUCUCCCUCUACGGCGGCCCCACCGCCUUCGUUCAGCGUUUGAACUACCUCCACGACCAAAACAUAACCUACAUCGGCAACGAGCCCGCCUUCCUCACCGUCUUCCAAUACCACUACGCCGGACGCCCCGCCCUCAGCGCCCUCCGGUCACACUUCUACAUCCCGCGCUUCUUCAGCCCGACGAACGCCGGAUUGCCCGGGAACGACGAUUCCGGCGCCAUGGGCUCUUUCGUCGCGAUGUCCAUGAUGGGCCUCUUCCCCAACCCCGGACAAAACGUCUACCUAAUAACGCCUCCGUUCUUCGAAUCCGUCUCCAUCCGCUCCCCUGUAACAGGCAAAACCGCCACAAUCCGCAACGCCAACUUCGACCCCAGCUACGGCGCCAUCUACAUCCAAUCCGCGACGCUGAACGGCGCUCACUAUACCAAGAACUGGCUCGACCACAGCUUCUUCACCGAGGGCAAGGAGCUCGUGCUCACGCUGGGGCGGAACGAGAGCACGUGGGGCACGCGGGUUGAGGAUCUGCCGCCGAGUUUGAGCGAGUAUGUUGGGUUUGGGAAUGGGACUGUGAGCAACGGCACGAUGGGUGGGGAAAGAUGGAGAAGGCGGGGUGGGCCGAGGAUGGGCGCGUUGGAGAGCCGUGACGUUGGCGGGUUUAUAUGAGUGGACAUGAAGGCGUUAAUGCGCGCGAAUGUGGAAAACGUGGAAAUAAAGUGAAGACAAAGACGGGCAUGAUG